AUGCCAGGACCCUCGCCAGGGCUGCACCGGGCGCUGCUCGGCCUCUGGGCUGCCCUGGGCCUGGGGCUCUUCGAUCUCUCAGUGGUCGCGCAAGAACCUUUCUGGGCGGACCUACAGCCCCGCGUGGCGCUCGUGGAGCGCGGGGGAUCGCUGUGGCUGAAUUGCAGCACCAACUGCCCACGGCCCGAGCGCGGUGGCCUGGAGACCUCACUGCGCCGGAAUGGGACCCAGAGGGGUUUGCGCUGGCUGGCGCGGCAGCUGGUGGACAUCCGAGAGCCGGAGACCCAGCCCGUCUGCUUCUUCCGCUGCGCGCGACGCACACUGCAGGCGCGUGGGCUCAUUCGCACUUUUCAACGGCCGGAUCGUGUAGAACUGGUGCCGCUGCCUGCCUGGCAGCCAGUGGGCGAGAACUUCACCCUGAGCUGUAGGGUCCCCGGCGCUGGGCCUCGUGGGAGUCUCACAUUGACCCUGUUGCGGGGCGCCCAGGAGCUGAUCCGCCGCAGCUUCUCCGGGGAGCCACCCCGAGCGCGGGGUGCGGUGCUCACAGCCACGGUACUGGCUCGGAGGGAGGACCAUGGGGCCAAUUUCUCGUGCCGUGCGGAGCUGGACCUUCGGCCGCAUGGCCUGGGGCUGUUUGAAAACAGCUCAGCCCCCAGAGAGCUCCGAACCUUCGCCCUGCCUCCGGAACCCCCUCGCCUCGCUGCCCCCCGGCUCUUGGAAGUGGGCUCAGAAGGACCCGUAAGCUGCACCAUGGACGGGCUGUUUCCAGCCUCGGAGGCUGAGGUCUACCUGGCGCUGGGGGACCAGAGGCUGAGUCCCGAUGUCACCCUCGAGGGGGACGCUCUCAUGGCGACUGCCUCAGCCACAGCUAGCGCAGAGCAGGAGGGCGCCAGGCAGCUGGUCUGCAACGUGACCCUGGGGGGCGAGAGUCGAGAGACCCAAGAGAACGUGACUGUCUACAGCUUCCCGGAACCCCUCCUGACCCUGAGCGAGCCCAACGCCCCCGAGGGGAAGAUGGUGACAGUAACCUGCGCAGCCGGAGCCCGAGCCCUAGUCACACUAGACGGAAUUCCAGCCGCGGUCCCCGGACAGCCCGCCCAGCUCCAGCUAAACGCCACCGAGAACGACGACAGGCGUGGCUUCUUCUGCGACGCCACCCUCGAAGUUGACGGGGAGACCCUGAGCAAGAACGAGAGCGCCGAGCUGCGCGUCCUAUACGCCCCCCGGCUGGACGAUUCAGACUGUCCCAGGAGCUGGACGUGGCCGGAGGGACCAGAGCAGACGCUGCGCUGCGAGGCCCGUGGAAACCCAGAGCCCUCGGUGCACUGUGCGCGGCCCGACGGCGGGGCGGUGCUGGCCCUGGGCCUGCUGGGUCCGGUGACUCGCGCGCUCGCUGGAACUUACCGCUGCACCGCGACCAACGUCCAGGGCCAGGCGGUCAAGGACGUGACUCUGACGGUGGAGUACGCACCAGCGCUGGACAGUGUGGGCUGCCCUGAACGCAUUACCUGGCUGGAAGGAACAGAGGCCUCCCUGAGCUGUGUGGCCCACGGGGUCCCGCCACCCAGCGUGAACUGUGUGCGCUCUGGGGAAGCCAGGGUCGUCGAGGGCCUACUGCGUGUGGUCCGGGAGCACGCGGGCACCUACCGCUGCGAAGCCACUAAUGCUCGAGGCUCUGCAGCCAAAAAUGUAGCCGUCACAGUGGAAUAUGGCCCCAGUUUUGAGGAGGUGAGCUGCCCUAGCAAUUGGACAUGGGUGGAAGGAUCUGGGCGACUGUUUUCCUGUGAGGUGGAUGGGAAGCCAGAGCCAAGCGUGGAGUGCGUUGGCUCCGGAGGCACCAGUGAGGGGGUGCUGCUGCCGCUGGCACCCCCAGACCCUGGUCCCAGAGCCCCUCAAAUCCCUAGAGAACUGGCACCCGGAACCUACAUCUGCAACGCCACCAAUCAGCACGGUUCCAUGGUCAAGAUGGUCACCGUGAGCGCGGAGUCGCCACCGCAAAUGGAUGAAUCUACCUGCCCAAGUCACCAGACGUGGCUGGAAGGCGCCGAGGCUGCUGCGCUGGCCUGCUCCGCCCGGGGUCGCCCCUCCCCACAAGUGCGUUGCUCCCGGGAGGGCGCGCCCCGGCCGCAGCGGCUGCGCGUGUCCCGACAGGAUGCAGGCAUCUACCGCUGCCUGGCCACCAACGCGCACGGCACUGACGCCCGGAUAGUCACCGUGGGUGUGGAAUACCGCCCCGUCGUGGCCGAGCUGGCUGCCUCGCCUCCAGGAGGCGUGCGGCCAGGCGGGAACUUCACGCUGACCUGCCGAGCCGAGGCUUGGCCCCCAGCCCAGAUCAGCUGGCGUGCGCCCCCAGGGGCGCUCAACAUCGGCCUGUCAAGCAACAACAGCACGCUGAGCGUGGCGGGCGCUAUGGGCAGCCACGGCGGCGAGUAUGAGUGCGCAGCCACUAACGCGCAUGGGCGCCACACCCGGCGCAUCACGGUGCGCGUGGCCGGUCCGUGGCUAUGGGUCGCUGUGAGCGGCGCGGCUGGGGGCGCUGCGCUGCUGGCCGCGGGCGCCGGCCUGGCCUUCUACGUGCAGUCCACCGCCUGCAAGAAGGGCGAAUAUAAUGUGCAGGAGGCCGAGAGCUCGGGUGAGGCCGUGUGUCUCAACGGCGCGGGUGCCGGCGCCGGCGGGGGCGGGGGCGCCGAAGGUUCAACUGAGGCUGCGGGCACCGCAGAGGCGCCGGCAGGGGGCGAGGUCUUUGCCAUCCAGCUGACGUCGGCGUGAGCCAGCUCCCCUCUCCCCGCGGGCCGGGGGACGCCCCCCCAGACUCACACGGGGGCUUAUUUAUUGUUUUAUUUAUUUAUUUAUUUAUUUAUUCGAUUCCAGAGGCGUCACCCCCCAUU